UUUUUUAGUCUUGGGGUGUCGUCUUUGCAUGGGGUAGAUCUGAAGCACAGAGAACAGAACCAGAAGGGGAGAAGACGACCAUCGAUCAGCCCUAGGGUUUAUUCUUUAGUCUUGGGGUGUCGUCUUUGCAUCGCGUAGAUCUGAAGCACAGAGAAGAGAACCAGAAGGGGAGAAGACGACCAUCGAUCAGCCCUAGGGUUUAUUCUUUAGUCUUGGGGUGUCGUCUUUGCAUCGCGUAGAUCGGAAGCACAGAGAAGAGAACCAGAAGGGGAGAAGACGACCAUCGAUCAGCCCUAGGGUUUAUUCUUUAGUCUUGGGGCGUCGUCUUUGCAUCCCGUAGAUCUGAAGCACAGAGAAGAGAACCAGAAGGGGAGAAGACGACCAUCGAUCAGCCCUAGGGUUUAUUCUUUAGUCUUGGGGUGUCGUCUUUGCAUCGCGUAGAUCUGAAGCACAGAGAAAAGAACCAGAAGGGGAGAAGACGACCAUCGAUCAGCCCUAGGGUUUAUUCUUUAGUCUUGGGGUGUCGUCUUUGCAUCGCGUAGAUCCGAAGCACAGAGAAGAGAACCAGAAGGGGAGAAGACGACCAUCGAUCGAGAAACCAUGGAUCCAUCCCAAGGAGAGAAGACGAAAGAUCUUAUACCCAAGGCAAAGGGGUUCCUGAAGAACCACUUCUCGAUAUUAGAGGAGUUGGUGGAGUUGCGAGCGGAGUGGGCGGAGAAGGAGUUGGCGGAGUUGGCGGUGGAGGAGUCAGCGGAGAAGAAGUUGGCGAACCUGUACAGGGAAGACGCGAUGAUGACCUUCGACGGCGAGAAUAUUCAGGGCAAGGAGGCUAUUUGCGCCAAAUUCUGCUCCCUUAAGCUGUCGAGGAUUCAAGUCCUCAACAUCGAAUGCCUGCCGGUCAGCGGCACCGACCUCAGCAGCGGCUUCUACGGCAUGGGCUGCGGCUACAUCUGGCUAGACGGCAAGCAGGACGCUCGCCUUUUCUCCCAGACGUUCUCUUUGCACCCAACACCAGAAGGGAGCUUUGCCAUAUCGAACAGCAUUUUCAUACAUAUUGGCAUGGAAUCCUGUGGGGCUGGGACCGCCUUGGGUUCAUUGACGAGGCCCUUUCCCUAGCUGGGUCCGUUUUAUUUUGGUUUUUCAGUCAUGGGUACGUAUUUAGGUUUCUUCUCUUGUGGACAAUGGUGAAAUUUCGUUCACCUUACUGAUGAAUGGACUUUAAAGCAUUUCGAAUUAGAAUAUUCUUUGCGUUUGCUUUAUAUAUCACAGCCUGAACUCUGAUUUAAUUUAGUUUAAAAGGUAAAUCAAGUUUCUAGUCAACGUGAGCUUAACUUAAAUCUGAAUCCUCAGAGAUGAAAUCCUUGAUUUCAAAGGGUGUCAAAAGCUUAAAUGCAAAUGGAAUUAAAUUUCAAUUAUAUAGACGGCAAGCAGGACGCCCGCCCUUUCGGCCAGGCCUCUCUCUCUCGGUUGAAGGAUCCGUUUGUAUUUUAUCUAUUUCUUUUUUAGCGUCCAAGUAUGGUUUGGAUGAGAUGGCACUUUUGUUGAUUGUAUGUCGCCUUCGGCGAUGCCUUCAUUCAUUGUUAGCAGCAGAUUAUCUUUUUAUAAGAUUUCCGAAUUGUUGCUCCGAUCAAGUUUCAGAAGAAAGAAAGGAUUUUACCUUUUUAAGUUA